GUCAUUCGAACACCCCCACGCCCAUGCGUCACUGUGCGUGAACGAGUACGUGAAGGUCUAUCUGAACGCGGCCGUGAUUGUUGUGAAGAUGGCGGAGGAGGAGGCAGAGAGGGAGUGCAACACAAGGGAAGUAAUUGUGGCCCUCCGUAAACGUUUCCAGGAAUUGAUCACAGGACUGAAAGAGAGUUCGGAAUCGCCACUGGAUGCCUCUUCUAGUUUUUGUCAAGAGUUUUGCCAGGUUCUGGUGGAACAUGGGAGUCGAUGGAAGACAGAGGAAGACCCAUUGCCUCUGUUGGAGAUGUACACGGUGGCCAUACUCAGCUAUGCAGAGGCCACCCCAUCACUCUCUCCUGAAUGUGAACAGGCACCAUUUGUACUUGAUAAAUUAGGCCUGAACUGCAUGGAUCUUCUCCUUUCACUCUCUGAGCAGAUCCCAGGUGCCUUAUGGGAGGAAUUCCAGUCAUCUGUGAAGUUGGCACAUGGUAUUCUGCAGGAGAGUGGGAACUCACAACUUCAGACGCUAUCAGCUGUUGCCGCAGAAAGUGGAAUUUGGACUAAUUCCACUCUGUGCAGCAUUCUGUCAAAUGAGACACCAGAAACAGAAAAAGUUAAUGAGCUUUUGGUUGUAGAGGGGCCUGUACUCCUUGAUAUGCGCAUCAAGCACCUUAUAAAACAGAAUGAAGUAGAAAAAGCUGCCAGGCUGGCCAAAGUCUGUACAGAGUUUCCUGAGUUUGGAGGAAAAAGAAACUUCAAACAAGCCUAUCUGGUAUGCCUUUGUGGGACAAGUUCACAGGAACAUUUGAAGCAAGAGAUCGCAGAAGUAGAUUGCAAAGAUGCCUUGGACAUGAUCUGUAACUUGGAAUCUGAAGGAGACGAGAAGGGGGCCCUCAGUCUGUGCUCUGCAUUCCUUAAACGGCAGCUAGUUCAAGGGGAUGUGUAUUGUGCCUGGGAACUCACACUGCUGUGGAGUAAGCUUCUGAUGAGGCUAGAAUCUGCACAGGCCUUCUUGGAUCAAUGCAGACAGUUAGUGGUUCUGUCCACGAGUGUGUACCAUAUUCUGCUCCUCAUCAAAGUCAUCCAGUCUGAAGUGGAAAAUGUAGGACUUCCAGUAUGCAUUGAAAUGUGCAUCCAAGCUUUGAAAAUGGGAGCCAAUGAUGGCGAAGACAGCAAAGCCACCAUCUGCAAGACUAUAUCCUGCCUAAUGCCCAAUGACUUGGAAGUGAAACGUGCAUGCCAACUCACAGAGUUCCUUUUGAAGCCCACUGUGGAUUCAUACUAUGCUGUUGAAACGCUCUUCAAUGAACCAGACCAAAAGCUUGAGGAGGAGUCUCUGCCCAUUCCCAACUCACUACGUUGUGACUUGUUGUUGGCCUUGAAGACACAGUGGCCUUUUGACCCUGAAUUCUGGGACUGGAAAACGCUAAAACGUAAUUGCUUGACAUUGAUGGGCGAUGAGGCCUCGAUCGUGUCAUCCAUUGAUGAACUAAAUGAUCAUGAAGAGACUGAAGGAAGAGAGGAUGGAGAGGGUGGUCAAAACUACAUGGAUUUGAUAAUGAGUCCCUCAGCUGAUCUUAGUGAUCUUGAUGCUGAAAGACAGAAGAAAAGGGAAAUUAAGAAACUGAGAGAACAGGGAUUUGUUUCAGCAAGGUUUCGAAACUGGCGGGCUUAUAUGCAGUAUUGUGUUUUGUGUGACAAGGAGUUUCUUGGUCACAGAAUUGUAAAGCAUGCACUAAAACAUGUCCAAGAUGGAUUGUAUCGAUGCCCAAUAUGUGCAGAGUCCUUUGAGACGAGACAAGUUCUUGAACCACAUGUUGCUUCGCAUGUUAAACAGUCCAGCAAGGAGCGACUAGCUGCUAUGAACGUCCCUAAGAAGAAGCUACCGAAAUCUCCCACGAAGUCACCUUUAAAGGAUUACAUUCUGAAAAAAUCCCCUGUAGUGAAGGUAAAUCCUGAAGCAAAACUCCAAGCACUUGCAAACACUUCCAAUAUUACAGGAGCUCCUAGCAGCAGUGCAAUUAUAGUCACUUCGAAACAAGAAAAACCUAAACGUGUUGCGGGUGUGGCUGAAAAUACUGAGGAUUGCUCUUGCCCUGUUACCAGCUGUCAGAAGGUUUUCAAGUACUUCAGGAACCUAGUUGCCCAUAUGAGAGUGCAUAAAGAUGACGAAGAGGCUAAGUGUUUCCUUGAAACACAUUGCCAAAAGGCUAUUUGUCAGUAUUGUCGGCGUCAAUUUGUUAACAUGACACACCUGAAUGAUCACUUGAAAAUGCACAGUGGCCCAAAGCCAUACUACUGCAUUCAGCUGAAUUGUAAAGCUGGUUUUCCCUCUCAUGCUGAACUUCAAAUGCACAGAAAAGUGCACACUGAGUUCCAGGCCCAGUGCAUGUUCCCAAAUUGCGGCCGGAUUUUUACAGAAACCUACCAGCUGUAUGACCACGAAGCACAGCAUUACAUAAUGUUCACCUGUAAAGCAACAAACUGUGGCAAGGUCUUCUACUCACAAUCUCUGCUGAAUUCACACAUGAAGGAACACGUGAAACAAGAGAUGUCCUCCACAUUCAUAGAACAAACUGAUCCAAACAGCAUGCAGAUUGUGGAGAAGUCCCCGAGCCAGGCUGAUGAUGCCUCAGGCGAGUCUGCAUCAGUGAGAAUAAAGCACUCUGUAGAGAGCAUGCUGAACGAUGGUCCUGCUACUGCAGAGGAAAUCUGUGCUGCUGUUGCAGAUGCAGCCAGUGCACCCGGUAACAGCGAGCCUGAGUCCCCAACAGAUGAUGUGCCCAUCAUUCAGCCUUUAAAAGCCUCAGAGGCGAAAUCUUCUAUUGAGUUUAACUUGAAGGGGCCUUUACCAAUUACACAGCCUUGUUCCGUAAAACUUAAACCGAUUCCCAUUAACACUUUAGAAGCUGUAGGUUGUUCCAAGGCUGAGCUACAGCCUCAGACUAUUAUACAGGACAAAAAACUCUUCUCCUGUCCGAAAAAUCAGCCUGCAAUGAUUGAGAUAAAACAAGAGCAACCUCCUCCCACAUCCUGCUCUUCAGUCUCUCCACAAGGCAGUUCAUCACAAAGUAGCACCACUCAAAAUGCAGAUGAUAAACUAACACACAUCUGUCCAUUUGAGGCAUGCACUCGGAGGUAUUGUACAUCUAAAAGUCUGGCGAGGCAUGUCAAGAAAGUGCACUCUGAGGCUUUCGAGGAAUGGAAACUGUCUAAGAGGUACAAACGACUUGCUGAACUGACAGCAAGAAAACAAUCAAAUGUACAGAGGUCCCCUAGUAAGCAGAUUCAGAAGAUGAAUACUACAGGUCUUGCAUCACAAGAACUGGAUGCAAGCAUCGGGCAGUUGCCCUAUUCUGAGGAAAGUGGAACUUUACCUGCAACGUCUUUCUCUGCCGACUCUAUUCCUGAUUGCUCUCUGCCUUUCUAUUCUGGUUUUUGUUCACAACCAGAAAACUCAUUUUGUGAGACUUUACAAAGCCCAGCUGGACUGAUGCAUUCAGAUAUUUCUCAAUUAUGGCAUUCACCAACAGCAAAUGGUUACAGUUGUGAUUAUACCCAGCAGAGUGGUUCCCCUUUAAAAGUCUUACCUGAUCAACUGCAAGGCUUUCACUCAUUCUCCCCUGAAAUGGAUAGGUCUCAGGCUGCUCUUGAGACACAGAGUGAUACACUACAUGCCACUGCCUCAAGUGAUGAUGGGAAUAUCCUCCCCAUGAUGACCCAGGACUCCAGUGUGAUGAAUCAAGCGUCGAAGUAUAUAUCUAGCUCUCUUAUGGUUUUACAUUCACCAGAGGGUGGACAGCAGUGUGAUCUCGCAGAAAACGAGAGAAAUGUAGGACACAUGGUGUCUCCAAUGCACAUUCAUCCAAGUGGGAUCCCUCACAAUGACAGCUUGUCCCAUUCAGACAGUGUACCAGGACAAAGCCUUCAUCCCUAUGUGUCAAAUAUGCCUACUGAAAUGCAUGCACAGUCGGUCGAACCAUUGGAGUCCAUUAACAAAUCCUUGAGUUUUGACCAUCAUGACUCAUUUGCCAGUAACUCUGAUGUUAAUGAUAUUGCUCACCUUAAUACACCGCCCUACAAGAGCCACGUUGACAAUGCAGCAACCCAUCUACAGAGUCCAACAGAGAUGCUAAACUGUACAAAUUCCUAUUUCAGUAAUACCGCGGAGGUGGCUGAUUCACAAAUGCAAAAUUCUGAUGGAGGAACAUUUAAUGCCGCAUCAGGCACGGAGUCCAUAGACAAAAAGGAAACCUCUGGUCAGCCUGAUGAGGCGAAGAAACUGAAGAAGGUACGAUCAUCCAAGAGGACGAAAUGGCCUGCCAUUAUAAAAGAUGGGAAGGUUAUCUGCCGCAGGUGUUACAGGGAGUUUUCUAGCACAAAAUCUCUUGGUGGUCAUUUAUCAAAGCGGUCUCAGUGUAAAGCUUUUGAUGAAGUUGAUUUAAAUGCUGACUUACCAACAUCCUUCCUUGAUUUCCUGAAUGAUCCCGAUGUUUCAGCUGUCUACCAGCCAGCAGUUACUCCAACGGUUAAGAUUGAAGGCGCCUACAAGGGCAAACCUGUUGGGUCCUGCAUGUAUCAAUCAGCAGAUUCUAACUAUUUGCAAAAUGACCGUUUUCAAGAAUUAUAUGAACCAACUUACAACAUGAAUUUUCCAAAACAAGAAGCAGGUAUUGCCUCCUCAUGCAUGUCUAACACAGAACAACAUACAGCUCUUAAUCAGAGUGAAUCUCUUCCUACUGCAGAUCUGUCACAGUCUUUGCCUAACACUUCAGCUUAUCAGAACAAAGAUGCUGAAGUAAACAUGGUCUCGGAGCAAGAACAUACAAGUGGAAUACAUUUGAAGGAUUCUGUUACAGAUGCAGUGGAUAUAACAUCCACAGGCGAUGGAGAAGACAGUAAAGUUGUGGAAAUUCAAAGAGCCUUACAACGAUUGGAUUUGGUUGAUGCAGUCCUAAAAGAUUCUCUAAAGGCAAAUGAGAAUUCCUCUCUAAACAUUCUGAAGAGUGAGGACCAUUCAAAGGAAAGACCGAAACAAACUGUGGUGCCGAAAAGGGCUAUAAAAAAAGAGGCAGACGCAGACCAAAAUGUCUCUAAACCAUUUAAGUGUGAAAAGGAAGACUGUUCUUAUGGUGCAAUGACAAAAGAAGCAUUAUUCAAGCAUCUGUUCAGGAUUCAUAACUACACUGAUGAUAUGAUAAACGAACUUAAAAAAAACCCAGACAGAUUUUCUCCUUACAGCUGUCAUAUAUGUGCAAAAACCUUUACGAGAACAACGGGUCUCCGAAUACACUAUAUGAACGUUCACCAUAUGGCAAAAGAGGCAAUACCCAAGAUAAAAGUAAGCAAAAUCAACAGAAUCAUCAAAUCCACAACAGCUGGGAAGGCUUCUUUAGCUCCCAAAUCUCUUCCUGUUAAUCGACCGGUCAGUCAUUGCAAUGGCUUGAAGGUGGAACGAAAACCGGAUUCCUUCGAAAUUAAAAAGGAAGGUAACAGCCAGUCGGCUGAAAAGAUGAGUAUUUCAGGAGUAGCUGCACAGGGAACUUUGUUAAAUCAAGAUAUGGUGCCCGGUGAUAUCCAUUUAUCAGUGGACAACUCUGUGGACCCUUUAACAGAACCAUCAACAGAACCAUCAACAGCCGGGCCACUACAGCCAGUCAGCAGUAAUGAGAAGGCUGCAGAGGGCAGUUUUAAGACAGAGACACAAUCAGUAACAGAAUUGAGGGAUUUAAAAAUGAUUAAGGUUGAGGCUGAUAACCAAUCGUUGGAGACUGGCCCAGAACUUAAAAUUGAAAAAACUGUUAUUAGUGAGGUUUCUAAGUCAUUCAGACCAUACAGAUGUAUACAUCAAGGGUGUACGGCUGCUUUUUCAAUUGAGCAGAACUUGACCCUCCAUUAUAGAGCUGUGCACCAGGCUGAUCAUGUUACUGAGCAGGGAGGAGUGUCAAGCGAUGGUGCUGAUGGCACUCUCAAGGUCACAGAGUUAGAAUGUCAAGUGGAAGACUGUUCGAAGGUACUCCAUAAAGCCACAAGUUUGUUUAAACAUUACCUGUUACAUCACAAGUUCACAGUCCAAAAAUCUAGUACCAUGCUCACUGGUGUGGACGUUGGAACCUUCCCUUGUGAUCAGAACAAGUGCUCCGCAUCAUUCACUUCUUUCUUGAAAUACAUCGACCACGUCAAAGAUCACCACAAGGCAAUAAGAGUAUCUGAAGGUGGGGAUGGGUCCUCUGCUAAGGUGGACCUGUCAUUCAAGUGUGACUGUGAGGGAUGUGAUCGUAGCUACACCACAAAGUCAAAUCUUCUGCGGCAUCUCAUGAAGAAGCAUCAUGAUGUUUAUGAGGACACAAUUAAACCAAAAAACAUUCGAGACGAAGAACUAGCAGAGAAGAAAAUGAAAACAGGACUUAGUCCUAACAAUGGAAAGGAGAACAUGGUAAAUAACAAAUUAAAAAUGAAAAAGAAGAAUUUGAAGAAGAAAGGAAAAGUGCUGAAUCACUGGACAAGCUUUGGCAAGCCCACUCUGAAAUCUAUGGAUGAAGCUUCUGCCAUGUGCACCAAACGGUUUCCCUUGCAAUAUCCAUGCAUGAUAAAGGGCUGUGAUUCAGUUUCAAGUGCUGAAAGGAAUAUUUUUAAACAUUAUGCUACCCAUGGUCUCACAGAGCGAUACAUUGAGGAUCAGAGAAGUCAGUUUAUAUUUUGUAAGAAAUACCCACGCUCUAGAAAUAUGGAUGCCAGCAAAUCAGAUGGCACAUCAAGUGAGGGCUCAGAAGAUGAAGAAACGGAGAAUGUUGAAAGUUCAGGUGAUAUGGCAGAUGAUUCACUUGAAACGUCCUUGGAAGAUGAAAGCACUGACGUAACAUCAUCUGAAAAUCAGUUUAUGGAGAGUGAAAACGCCCCAACGACACCAAUUGAGUCGGUGGUUAAACGAAAGAGGGGUCGUCCCCCAAAGAUUAAGAGGCUAAACCAGCAAGUCCACACAGAUGAAAAUGUGAUGAAAGACUCAGAGCCCAACACAAAUGUGGAGCAGAAGCAGAAUUCUGAAGACAGUGAGGACACACAAAAUACCAUGAGUCCUCUUGAAUUGGAGCCAGCAUUUCUUUCAUUAUUGGAGGAAUCAACAGAUUCCCUGAAAAGGAAAGCAACUGAGAGUAGCAAGACUGAAAGUCCCCCCAAAAAGCAGCGCACUCUUCAACCACAGUCCUCCAACAUAAUGGGCAAAAGACUGAGUGACUAUAGGAAGAGGACAGCAAGUAAUGAAAAUCUCAUUCAUUUUAGAAACCCAUUAAAUAUCAAGUCUGUGAAAAAUGUAAAGAUAGUGAUGGACAAAGCUUUUUCAAAUGGUGCUGAUCUUUUGCUGAAACAGCUUCAGGAUAUGCGUCCAAUGGUCAUUCUCAAAAAGUGGCUCUAUAGCUGAUGGUUUAUUUGGAAGCUGACAUCUCCAUUCAUAUGCCUUGCACUCAGGACUAGAAAUGUAACAUGCUGCAGAGUGGUACAUCAACAACUCAUUUGACCCAUACUUUCUUAACGUGAGACAACAUUUAUUGCAAGUAGACCAUGGAUAUUGGACAACUGUAUAGGUUUUUAAAUAUGAAAAAAAAUGUUGACAAAUUUUGAUAUAUCAUUAUACAGUAUAUGUUGUUGGAAAUGCCCCAGGAGCAGGUAAUAUGUAGGGUUUUAGACUAGAAACACAUUUGUAUUUAUAAAACUUCUUUUUAAAGUAUGAUUUGAUAAAUUUUCUUUAAAGAAUAAAAAAGACAUUUUGAUAUAUCCCCAUGGGAUUUAUAUUCUCUUGUUUGGUAUGUAUUUAUUUUUUACAUCAAUGUAGUGUCUGUACAUUUACAUGUCUUCCACAAAGUAUUCAAUAAAAUGGAAAUGGUUGCUUUUGUAAACUUUGUUUACAUUUCUUACAACAAACACCAGCAGUGUGUAUGGUGAAUUGUGUAAUGAAUAUGACUGCACUGUGUAAUUAAAUGUGUUUAUAAUCUUAA